AUGGACACAGUGGAUGUGUUCCAGGUAGCCACCCUGCCUGUCAGUAAUGCUGAAAUUAAACGUGACACCCUAAUGGAUCCCACCUUGUCAUCUGUGCUGGACAUGGUUUCAUCGGGACAGUUCCCCAAACCUAAAGAUGACACCAAAAUUGCAUCACUCGAGCGGAAUAUUCGAGGCCUGGAGGACGAGAUCCAAACGAUAAAGACAAAUGGCCUUUUACACACAGAUGGCCGGGAUGAAGACGUCAAACAGAUGGAAGUCUAUAAGAACCACUCAAAGUUCAUGAAGAACAAGAUUGAUCUGCUGAAACAGGAAGUAGUAAAGAAAGAGUCUGAGUCGAUGGCACUGCAAACUAAGCUUGACACACUGAGCAAUCAAAACUCGGACUGCAAACAGCACAUAGAAGUCCUGAAGGAAUCUCUCAUAGCCAAAGAACACAGAGCUAAUAUCCUUCAGGCAGAGGUGGACGCUCUACGUCUAUGUCUGGAUGAGAGAGAGUCAUUCCUAAACAAGAAGAUCAAACAGACCCAGGAUCUCAUAGAAGAGAAGGGAACACUAAACAGUGAGAUGUGUGACCUGAAGGAUAUGCUGGAGGUCAAGGAGAAGAAGAUCAACAUCCUGCAGAAAAAGGCUGAGAACCUGCAGGAGCAGUUAAAAGACAAAAACAAACAGUUGGACAGUUUGGGGGACAGAAUGACGUCUCUGCAAGCCAACUCCAGCAACACGGACACAGCUCUCGUUACACUGGAAGAGGCUCUCUCUGAGAAGACAGAAGAGGCAGAAAUGUAUAAGAAUGAAAAUAAGGAACUGAAAAGCCAACUUGCCUCCCUACAAGAGCGUCUCUCAGAGAAAGAG